ACAAACCCUUAAUAAAGAAAGAGAGAAAAUGGCAUCAAGAAAUGUGCAAAGUAAAAUGGUUGCCCGUAGAAAGUUGCACUAUUUACGAACCCUAACCAACUCCAAAUCAGUGAAAAAGAGCUCUAUCAUCUUGGAUGCCUUUGUUUACAUCCUCAAGCUGAGACUCCAGCUAGAAGCCAUUCAAAGGGAGUAUCACCACCUCUUAAACCAUCUCCAAGAAGUGAAGGUGGAGAAGUUAAUUGGGAAAAGUUUUCUGGUGAAAGUGGCCUGCAAAAAGGGUAAAGAAAUGCUAGUUUCAAUUUUAGAGGCUUUUGAAGAGAUGAAACUGAAUGUUGUUCAAGCUAGGAUUACCAGCAGAUGCUUCUUUGGGAUGGAAGCAAUUGUGGAAACUGAAGAUGAAGCUUUGGAUGUAAGAGCUGUGACUAAAGCAGUUCAAUUGGCAAUCCAGGAGUAAAUCGUAGAGAUACCAAAGUGAAAAUAUUUAAGUAAUUAUAUUCUUGUUUGGAGCAGAAACGGGGCUAAGAUUUAAAGUUUGUAAGUUCUGAAUUUGUCAUCGAACCAAUAACUCCGCUCCUGGUUUGGAGGAAUGUAGCUCUCACUUUUGUUUUCUUUUUAUUAUCCUUCUAGCCAGAAGUGCAUGUAAUGAAGGAAAAAAUUAUCACUUUCGUUUUGUUAUCCAUAAGGUAUGAAAGUGAAAGAGAAAAGCCAAAUUAUGAAGUUGGAUAUUACGAUAAA